AAAUCCCCAUGAAAGGCGUCUAUUGUACAUGUUAUUCAGGGCUUGGCCACAGGGCAGAUCAUUUUAACAACUGCUUAUUCUGGAAAUGUGUGUGCUAUAGUAAACGCUGCUCUGUUACAGGGAAUAAUAGGCUAUAUGGCCAGCGAAGGGGGAGCUGGAGCACACUUGAACAGUCCAUUAUGGAAGGUGAGCAGGAUGAGGGGAGAUCGUGGACAUGAGCGCGAGAGCAGCGCGCGGAUGGAGGCGGGGGUUCGGCUCGGGAUGCGGAGUGAGGAGGAAAGACUCCAGACUUUCCACAACUGGCCCGGAGAUGCGCCCGUGAGCCCUGCUGAGCUUGCCCGGGCUGGCUUUCACUAUCUGGGAUACGGGGACACGGUGCAGUGCUUCUGCUGUGAUGGGAUCCUGAGGCACUGGGUUCAUGGAGACACUCCGCGCGGGGAGCACGAGAGGCACUUCCCCGCGUGCGGCUUAAUGAUGGGCAGGGAUGUGGGGAAUGUUCCGCUGGGCUCGUCCGACUCUGUGGAUGGGCAGCUCUUGAGUCAACUGCAGCGGCUGACCGUGGACGAGCAGGUGUUGUCCGGGCAGGCGGCGUAUCCGGAGAUGGAGUCAGAGGACAACAGGUUGUCCACCUACCAGAACUGGCCCACAGGAGCAUCAGUGCAGCCCGAUGCUCUGGCGCGAGCUGGAUUCUUCUAUACAGGUCAUGGUGACAAUGUGAAGUGUUUCUUCUGUGAUGGUGGUCUGAGGAACUGGGAACCAGGUGAUGACCCUUGGCAGGAACACGCCAAAUGGUUUCCACAAUGUGAAUAUUUGCUUCAAUCCAGAGGACGGGAAUAUGUGAGCAAUAUCCAGCAGUCUUACUUCAACAUGAAUGAGAGAGUGGGUGGAUCUCUGUCAUCAACUGCAGGAAACAUUACAUCAGAGGUGUUGGGUGGGCAGAGCUCAGUGGCGGCAGCCAUGUUGUCUCCUGUGGUGCAGGCGGUGCUGCAGAUGGGUUUCCAGCGCUCACUAGUGGAGAGCCUGGUGCAGUCACGCUACCUGCUCACCGGCUCACACUACACCACAGUCUCUGACCUGGUGACCGACGUCCUGCAGGCCGAGGAGGAGGAAAGGCAGACGGGGGAGCCCAGACCAGAGACUGUGGAGAGUCCGCGAACGCCAAGAACGCAAGUCUCAGACAGGGAGAAAGUGCGAUCAGAUCUGAGUCCAGAGGAACAGCUGAGACAGCUUCAGGAAGAGAGGACCUGUAAGGUCUGCAUGGACAAACUCGUCUCCAUGGUCUUCAUCCCCUGUGGUCAUCUGGUCGUCUGCACAGACUGCGCAGCCAGUCUGCGUCACUGCCCCAUAUGCAGGGCGGUCAUUCGGGGGAGUGUGCGUGCAUUCAUGUCCUGAAGAGCAAACACACACACACACACACACACACACACAGCAACACACUGUUGCACUGCUGUGUUAUUAGCAAGAACCGUAUGGUCUUUUAAAGGAUAAAUAAUGCUGAAAAAUACUAUUCAAAUGGUGUAAUCAGCUUCCAAAUCAGCAUCAGAGAUCUUUAAAAAGACUUAUUACUUGAUAUUUGGCUAAACAUUAAAGCUACAGAGGUACAAAAGUCCACUUUACAUCCAAAGUUGCAAUAUGAAAUAUUAGCAUGAAUUUCACAAUGUUUUAGUAUUUCGUUUUUCCCAUGAUUGAAUGACAGCAUCUCUUCAUCUGUGAGAAUAUCUGCACAAAAAUGUACUUAUUUGAUUUGUGAUCUAAAAAAAAGUUCAGAAUCUAAAUGAUUUUAUGUAAUAGAAAUCCUAAAACUGUUAAUUUUCAGGUUUAAAUGGGAUUUUAAAUCCCAGAUUUUAAAUGUGGACUUUUGGAUCCCACUGUACAUUAAAAUGUGUUACAUGCUUGUAAGUUUCUGGACAGCAGGUUGAUUUUGUGUCAUGCCAAAGUAAACAGCUUUUUGAGAAUUUAAAAUCUUAAAAACAUAAAAAUAGAGUUUAUCAUAUUGUAUAAUAAUCUUAUUUUAUUAUCAGUGUAUUGACACAUUGCACUUAUAUUUUCAUGAAUAAAAAUAAUUUGCAUUGCA